AUGGAGUAUCUAUCCCGGUCGUUAGCACGACGCACUAUCAGGUCAGAUUUUCAUUUCCACCCCAAAUGUGAGCCUCUGAGGAUAGCACAUUUGGUGUACGCAGAUGACUUGUUACUAUUCUCCCGAGGGGAUGUCUCAUCAGUGACGCAGCUAGUUGAGAGCUUAUCACAGUUUGCUCAGAUGGCCGGUCUCACAACUAACUUAGCUAAGUCCAGUAUUUACAUGGCAGGGAUAUACCCCCAAACGCAGAACCAGUUGCUCACCAUCACAGGCUUCCAGAUAGGGGUGAUGCCCUUCAGAUACUUGAGAAUUUCUAUAGCCUCUCAGAAAUUGAAGAUUUCAGAUUAUAGCACGCUCCUGGACUCACUCACCCGUAGGAUCGGCUCUUGGCCGAAAGCCACAUUAUCCUAUGCCGGGAAAGCACAGCUUAUAUCAUCAGUCCUACAAGGAGUGGAGUGCUACUGGAUGUCAGUCUUACCACUACCUCAGGGGGUUAUUGACCACAUCUACAGUAUUUGCAGAUCCUUCAUGUGGACGUCCAGGAGGCCCCCCAUUGCAUGGUCAGAGCUAGUGAGGCCUAAGCGAGAAGGUGGUCUUGGCUUGAGGGACUUACGGGCAUGGAACCAGGCGCUUCUAGCAAAGGUUCUAUGGCGCGUACAGGACAAGCAAGACACACUAUGGAUACGCUGGAUACGCCCUCAGAUGGCCACCUACAGGUGCAUGCUGAGGACAUUCAGACGACAGUACCAAGGGAUCUCCACCUUUGGCAAGGCUCGCCACCUUGCCAUGUCAGCGAUGGUGCACCACAUAUGGAUGGCAAGGAACUACAACAUGUUUGAGGGGAAGCGCUUUGACGGUGAGCUCGUCUUCAGGAAGAUACAGAUACAUGUCUUCAGGACGCUUGGGGUACUAGCUGAUCAGGUACUUGGCCAUCAUUGA